UGCAAGUGGCAACCCAAAGGACGAUGAGUCUCUUAAAGGAGUGAGCUCCAUAUUGGGUAUCAGUAAAACAUUCUUGGAUCUUAAAACUGUUUGUUCUUCCAUCCAGAAUCCUUAUUAAACCUCUUGAAGGAGAGUAGAAUCCACAUUGCCUCUUCAGAAUGGAUUGCUCAGAGUUUGAUUAGAGCACAGCAACUGUUGCCUGGAUCCCUUGUAAUACAGGAAGUGAGGAGCUUUGUGAGUGGUCAUUUGCUUGGUGAGCACUGCUGUGAGGAGACCAACAUGGAGAACAAAGUCACACAGAUCUCUCGAGAAGAUCUGGAGGACCUGAAAGAGGCUUUCAACAAAAUUGAUAUUGAUAACAGUGGCUAUGUCAGUGAUUUUGAGCUUCAAGAGCUCUUUCGAGAGGCUAGCUUUCAUAUUCCGGGUUACAUGGUACGGGAGAUUAUGGAGAAAUUCAUCGCUGGUGAUACCAACAACGACGAGAAGAUCAGCUUUGAAGAGUUUGUUGCGGUCUAUCAGGAGCUCAGAAGUAAGGAAGUGAGAGAGACUUUCCGCAAGUCCAUCUCUAGGCGGGAUGGGAUUCGGUCGUUUGGUGGAACAUCAGGGAUCUCAAGUGAAGGAACACAGCAUUCUUAUUCAGAUGAAGAAAAAGUGGCCUUUGUGAACUGGAUCAAUAAGGCCUUGGCAAAAGAUCCAGACUGCAAACAUCUCAUCCCAAUGGACCCGGAGACUGACAGUCUAUUCAAAUCUGUCAAAGAUGGAAUAUUGUUGUGCAAAAUGAUAAACCUCUCCCAGCCAGAUACCAUUGACGAGCGGGUCAUCAACACGAAGAAACGCACCCCUUUCAUCAUGACUGACAAUUUAGUGUUAGCACUGAACUCCGCUUUGGCCAUUGGCUGCACCGUGGUCAACAUUGAUGCUCAGGACAUGAAGGCAGGGUCACCUCACCUUGUGCUCGGCCUCCUCUGGCAAAUCAUAAAAAUCGGCCUCUUCGCUGACAUUGAGAUCUCCCGCAAUGAAGCUCUAAUUGCUUUGCUGGAUGAAUCAGAAGACCUGGAUCACCUGAUGUCAAUGUCCCCUGAGGAUCUUUUAUUGCGAUGGGUCAACCAUCACCUCAAAGCUGCUGGCUGGCAACCAAUCAGAAACUUCAGUGAUGAUAUCAAGGACUCCAGGGCAUAUUUCCACCUGCUAGAUCAGAUCACACCGAAAGGAGAGGGGGAUGAUGAGAUGAGGAUUGACAUUGACAUGUCCGGUCUCAAUGAGCGUGAUGAUGAAAGGCGAGCCGAGCUGAUGCUGAGGCAGGCAGCCCGUCUGGACUGCAGACAGUUUGUCACACCGCAGGAUGUGGUGGCAGGAAACCAUAAGCUCAACAUGGCCUUUGUGGCCAAUCUUUUCAACACGUACCCAGCCUUGAACAGACCCACCAGCAAUGGCAUUGAUUAUACAAUUGAGGGGGAAACAAGAGAAGACAGAACAUUCAGAAACUGGAUGAAUUCCCUGGGGGUGUCUCCACACAUCAAUCACUUGUACAGAGAUCUGCAAGAUGGUUUGCCCAUUCUUCAGUUAUAUGAGAGGAUCCAAGUACCUGUCAACUGGGCCAGAGUCAAUAAAUCUCCAUAUCCAAUACUGGGCUCCAACAUGAAGAAGCUUGAGAACUGUAAUUAUGCAGUUGCACUGGGUAAAGAGGAAGCAAAGUUUUCCUUAGUGGGAAUUGGUGGUGAGAAUAUCAAUGAAGGAAGCCCCAUGCACACCCUGGCAUUGGUCUGGCAACUUAUGAGAAGGUAUACACUGAAGGUUCUUUCUGACCUCGGAGAAGGAGAAAUUGUCAGUGACCAAAUUAUUGUCAACUGGGUGAAUGACACAUUGAAAAAAGGCGGCAAAAACUCGUUCAUCAAUGGAUUCAAGGACAAGUCAAUCAGCACUAGCCUGCCAGUGAUCGACCUGAUCGACACCAUCGAGCCCAAAGCCAUCAAAUACGAGAUGGUGAAGAGUGGAGACAUGACCGCAGAGGACAAGCUAAACAAUGCAAAAUAUGCAAUCUCUGUGGCACGAAAAAUAGGCGCCAAGGUGUAUGCCCUCCCCGAUGACCUUGUGGAAGUCAAACACAAGAUGGUGAUGACAGUGUUUGCAUGCCUUAUGGGAAGAAGCUUGAAGAAAGUAGAUGGCUGACCUUUUUGAAGGACAUUUCGCUUUUGCACAAAACUCACUUUAGCACUUUUCUUCCACUAACUUAACUCACCAGCUCUUAGAAAUUAUCACCUUAUCUGUACUUGAAUAUUUCUUUAGACCUUGAUCUUUGAUGAAUUUUCCUCCCUUUAAAGACCCCAUGAAUUAGCUUGAUGAGCACAGUUUUUUCCUGCAUUUCCUAUUGAAAUUAGAAGUUAGUGGGACAUAUCGAAGUGGUCGUCCCUUUUUUAAUAGCAAAUAGUGUUUUUUCUCGUAAUUUUUUUUCCCAGAGGUAUUUCAUAAAGUACUUAAAGAACUUUAAAAAAGUUCUAAGCCAUAAAACCAAACCAACAAGCUCAUCCUUGAAUCACAACAUUACAAAUGUUGAUUUUAAGUAAAAAACGUUUUUGAACUUUGGACAAAAAGACAAAGGUACAAGACUGUGCACAUUCCAACUUUCAUAAGGGCAAAAACUACAAUCCCAUGAAGCAUUGCGAGUACGUUUUUAAAAAAAGAAAUAUAAAAAUAUAACAUUUGAUUUAAAGUUGUUGAUUACAAGUAUAGAAUCAUCUUGUUUUAAAUUUAUUGCAAAAUAUUCAGCAAAUGAUACAGCAAAAUAUAUAAGUAAUUUGAGAGUAUCGGGAGACCGACUCGAUUUGAAAUUCAGCUAUUUAUUGUGAUUUUUUUAACAGAAGCAUAUACCACCGAUUAACAACUACUGAGCUCACAGUAGGUCUGUCUUUAAAGGUUAUGUUAUAUUUUUUUAUACUCUAGCAUAUAUACCAAUCAGCCACACCAUUAAAACCACCUGCCUAAUAUUGUGUAGGUCCCCCUCAUGCCACCAAAACAGCACCAACCUGCAUCUCAUAAUAGCAUUCAGAGAUGAAAUUCUUCUCACCACAAUUGUACAGAGUGGUUAUCUGAGUUACCAUAGACUUUGUCAGUUCAAACCAUUCUGGCAGUUACAGAAAUACCUGGCCCGUCUGGCACAAACAAUUAUGCCACAGUCCAAAUCACUGAGAAAUAUUUUUCCCCAUUUUGAUGGUUGAUGUGAACAUUAACUGAAACUCCUGACCCGUAUCUGCGUGAGUUUAUGCACUACACUGCUGCCACAUGAUUGGCUGAUUAUAUAAUCGCAUGGAUGAUUGUUGGUGCCAGACGGGCUGGUUUGAGUAUUUCUGUUACUGCUGAUCUCCUGGGAUUUUCACACACAACAGUCUCUAGAAUUUACUCCGAAUGGUGCCAAAAAACAUCUAGUGAACAGCAGUUCUGUGGUCAGAAAUGCCUUGUUGAUGAGAAUGGUCAACAGAGAAUGGCCAGACUAGUUCAAACUGACCAAGUCUAAAGUAACUGAGAUAAACGCUCUACAAUUGUGGCGACAAGAUGCAGGUUGGUGCUGUUUUGGUGGCACGAGGGGGACCUAAACACAAUAUUAGGCAGGUGGUUUUAAUGUUGUGGCUGAUUGGUGUAGAUGGCCUCAAAGUUAACAAACAUGGACAUAAAGCCAGAAAACUCCAAUAUUGAUUUUAUGGGGUCUUUAAUUUCAGCAUUCUCUCAAUGACAUAAUGACUGCAGGAGAGCAUACACGUCUAUACAAUGAUCAUUUAAUUACUAUAUAAGAUGCUGCGCCGAGAUAUACGAUUAUUUAAAUGCAUUCUUUAUUGCCUUUAUAUUUGUGAAUCCUUGUAAAUGUUUUUAAUUUCCAGUGACUUAUUAAAGUGCUUCUAUCAAUUGGAGACAGAUUGUAAA